GAGACUAUUUUUUCAACGAGAACGGCCAUCUUCUCUCUCCGGGCUUGAGAAGACAAGUGUUACAACAGAUAUGGCUGACUACUCGAACGUGGCUCCGCCGUCGGGAAAUGGCGCCGGAAUGAACGACGCUUUUAAAGACGCACUUCAGCGAGCUAGACAGAUCGCCGCUAAGAUUGGUGGUGACGGCGUUCCCGCAGCGCCCUCGGGUAAUGAGUUUGGCUACGGAGGCCAGAAGCGACCCCUAGAAGACGCCGAUGACUGUUGGACCAGUCUAAACAGUAGAACCCACCGGGAAGGGAUGAACUCUCCUUUCUCAGACCAACCAGAGACCAAGAAGGUGGCACCGAAUGACCCGUUCUCAGCAGCGAUGGGAAUGGGAGGAAUGGGAGGUGGUGGACCACGGUCGUCAUCAGAGGAGUUCAAGGUUCCUGACGGGAUGGUUGGAUUCAUUAUUGGAAGAGGAGGAGAACAGAUAUCCCGCAUGCAGCAAGAGUCGGGAUGCAAAAUCCAGAUCGCCCCCGACAGUGGAGGAAUGCCUGAUAGGUCAGUCACACUGACAGGAUCUCCAGACUCAAUACAAGCUGCCAAGAGGCUGCUGACGGAGAUCGUUGAUAAGGGUCGUCCUACUCCAGCCUUCCACCACAACGACGCCGGUGGCCCCGGUAUGUCUGUCCAGGAGAUGCUGGUCCCUGCCUCCAAGGCUGGCCUGGUCAUCGGGAAGGGAGGAGAGACCAUCAAACAGCUGCAGGAGAGGGCCGGGGUCAAGAUGGUGAUGAUCCAGGAAGGGCCUCAGAACACAGGAGCGGACAAACCUCUACGCAUCUCUGGGGAACCUUUUAAAGUCCAGCAAGCCAAAGACAUGGUGAUGGAGCUGAUCAGAGAGCAGGGCUUCAGGGAGCAGAGAGGAGAGUACGGCUCCAGGAUGGGUGGCGGCGGAGGAGGUGAGGGCCUGGAUGUUCCUGUCCCCAGGUUUGCGGUAGGAAUCGUGAUCGGGAGAAACGGCGAGAUGAUCAAGAAGAUCCAGAGCGACACAGGAGUCAGGAUCCAGUUCAAACCAGAUGACGGCAGUACCCCGGAGAGGAUAGCCCAGAUCGUGGGUCCUCCUGAACAGUCCCAGCAUGCAGCAGAGAUAAUCUCUGACCUUCUGAGGAGUGUCCAGCAGGGGGGGCCGGGCGGUCCUAACGGAGGGGGCAGGGGCAGAGGCAGGGGGGGUAACGGGGGUGGUAACUGGAACAUGGGUCCUCCAGGAGGACUGCAGGAGUUCACCUUCACCGUCCCGACCAUGAAGACUGGACUCAUCAUCGGCAAAGGAGGAGAGACCAUCAAGGGCAUCAGUCAGCAGUCUGGGGCGCGUAUUGAGCUCCAGAGAAAUCCUCCCCCCAACUCCGACCCCAACAUUAAGAUGUUCACCGUCCGAGGAUCUCAUCAACAGAUAGACUACGCACGGCAGCUGGUCGAGGAGAAGAUCGGGGGUCCAGUCAGUCCAAUGGGUGGUCCCCAAGGUCCACCAGGCCCCCACGGAGGUCCGUCUCCCCACGGCCCCCCCGGUCCUCCUGGGCACCCUGCUCAGAUGGGCCCCUACAACCCCGGCCCCUACAACCAGGGACCGCCAGGACCACAUGGUCCUCCGGCUCCCUACCAGCCUCAGGGUUGGGGCAACGGCUUCCCUCACUGGCAGCAAGGACAGCCUGAUCCUGGUAAAGCUGCAGCUGAUGCCAACGCAGCGGCCUGGGCAGCGUAUUACUCCCAGUACCAGCAGCAACCCCAGGCCCCCAUGACGCCCACCGGCGGAGCCCCUGGCACCACACAGGCCAACGGGCAAGGUGACCCCAAGGGACCUGGGCAUACUGGGCAGGCCGAUUACUCCAAGGCCUGGGAGGAAUAUUACAACAAAAUGGGGCAGCAAAGUCAGCAACCACAGGACUACACCAAGGCCUGGGAGGAGUACUAUAAGAAACAAGGUCAAGCGGCCCCUCAGGCGGGAGCAGCACCAGGUGGUCAGCCAGCCGGUCAGCCAGCCGGUCAGCCGGACUACAGUGCUGCCUGGGCAGAAUACUACCGUCAGCAGGCUGCUUACUACGGACAGGGCAGCCCACAGGCCAUGGGGGCACAGCCACAAGCACCUCAGGGCCAGUAAUGUGAAGUGGACAUAAAGUAAAUGCGACAUUGUGGAAAAACAAAAAAACCCUUUUGUUAAAUGUGUUGGAUGGUGCAGAUGCCUUGAAGAUCUUAAUUUCCCCCCUUUGGUUGGUUUGUUUUCAAGUGUUUCACAAUAAUGUGAUGGCAGCAGUCUACCCGGGAGACACAAACACUUCAUCUUUUUGGUUUUUCUACUUAUUUUUUUUUCUUCUCCUCCUUGUAAAUGAACGGUUUUUGGGUUUUUAGUGAGGUAAUUUAUAUGUUCAUUCCAGCCCCCAUGUAUCUUCAUGCUAUGUGGUUCAAGAGCUCCUGUUAUUUAGCUAGUUUACCAUGGAAAAUCAUCUCCGUUUUUAAAUCAUAUGCCUGUUGUGUUUUGCAAUAAAACUAAGUGAAACCUCCU